AUGACAGUCAUGACAACCAGUCCCAGUUCGAGAACACGAGGUAAUUCUGCUCCAUUUUGACUGAUAUGAUAACGUCUUACUUCUAAUCCUUUCAGUCCCACGUCAACAUGUAAAACUAAAAGUAAAGUGUUUUUGAAUUAGCGGAAAUCGGAUUGGCCGCCUCUCCUCUAAUCUUCCUUCACUUUUAUGAUCACCAAUUUCAAUGUCAAUCCAUCAGGCGGCCUUUUCGGCUUGUCCGUUGGCCUGGCCGCUGUUUUCAUUCCAAUCAGGACCCAGUCGUUUAAUCUUGUAAUUGAGUGCGGAUUUCCCCUCCUUCAAUUCUCAUGGAUUUCAACCCGGAGCACCAAAAGUGGCAAUGCUGUUGUUUUCAUAUCAUCCCCGGGCUGAAGAUCCUCUCCAUCGGAGUUCUCGUUGUCUCCACUUUGUUCUUGGUCUUAUUUGGACACGGUCUUCUGUAUUCGGCCAAGGUAAGAUUACUUUUUUGUACUUCCUAGUUGAAGCUGAUCAUGAGUUCUUUAGAAACAAGAUGACUUUGUUUUUGCUGCUACACUACUUAGCUUAUGUCUGGCUACCGUACUCAGUUCAGCUCUUUUGGUGUUGGGGUUAUUCAAAAAGAAGGCCAAAUUGAUGUACCCAUCAGUCGUUGUUGGAGUUGGAAUUGUUAUUUUCGUUGCGGUAGGUGUCGAAUGUCAUUACAAAUAGCCCUGAAAUAGGUCUUCGGUGUAAGCCAUGUUGUUCUGCAGCCGGAUGAGGGCGAAGUAACGCAUCAUACCAAACAAGGGAAGAAUAAUAAACACUCGGUAAGAGAUCCUAGGCAUGAUAUCAAAAGAAAUUAUAGGAAGCUCCCUCAAUGACAGCCCGGUUAGUGUUCUUGAUAUUUGUUAUGAUGAUCGUAUGUUGUGUCGUAUUCUAUGCGAUAUUUUUGAUAAUGAAAGCCAUACAAUACGUGAAAAACGUGAAUAAAUUGAGAGAUCGGAGACAAUCACUUAUAAAUGCAUCUCAAAUCGGUAAGUUAAUACAACUCUACACUAUACAAUUACAUUACAGAUCCCGAACUCUUUGACCAAGCCUACCGAAGACCCUCACAUCAAAGUUUUACCAGUUAUUAA